UUGGAGCAUUGCUGGUAUGCAACAGACAUGUUGAAUAGGGGGAACUCCUUACAGUGGUGGGGUAUGUUAGCUGAGUGUGAAGUAUACGUGUAAGUUGUCAUGCAUUAAGUAACGCAGUCCUUCUCCUUACAGGGUAAUGGUCACACAAAGAGCCAUGUACAGGAUACAUCAUCACAAGGAGGGAUAACAGCCUACUAAUUUACCAUCAACUUAUGUAAGACUGUUAGGACUUCUUCCACAACCAUGGGCAACAAAUCUGGGAAGCGAGAGUAUACUAUUGAUGAUGACACUGCAAGCACAGUGUCAUCGAGCUCACGAAAAGGUCACUUUAUUAAACCAGUGGGGAAACAAGAUAUAGAUAUUCUAAAACAGUAUGAACCCAGAGGGACGGAACAGUUUCCAAGAGGAACAGAACAAAUCCCUGGAAGAAUGGAACAGUUUCAAAGAGCAGAUCAAGCUAUCCGGCGAACAGAAGAAAUUCCUGGAGGAACAACAGAGCAGUUUCUUAGGGGACCAGAACAUCUUUCUAAAAGUCCAGAACAUUUGCCUGGCAUAACGACCCUAGUUCUAGGACAACAGCCUUUCCUCCAAGGAUGGUGGAGCAGCUGUCUGGUUCUAAGAUGGCAGAAAGUGGAGAAGCCUCCUCACAACUCAGUUCAGGGUAUGUGUCCCAGAGUAGCUCUGGUGCAUCAUCUCAAGGAGUUGUUCCAACAUCUUCACCCACCAAAGCUUCUCCGACAAGCCAAGCUCCGCCCACGGAACAUAAUAAUCCACAUGCAAAUCAUUUGGUAGCAAGGCGUAGCAAGUCUGUGGAUCAUACUUUAGAUCCGCCGAUGAUGUCUCAACAAGCUAUAGAUGCAUUUAACAAGGCCAUGAAUAAGACUUCUCCUAUAAGCAUUCCUGGUUUCAGUAGAAGACUUUCACAAGAUGAGCUUGGACAUAAUCCUAUGUUAAAAUCUGUAGCUCACUUGAAAAACAGAGAAUCUCCUAAACUACCUCCAAAGCACCAUUCUCCGAAAUCUUCACCGAAAAUAACUCGGAUCAAUGUAACUGGACAUAUUGGGGCUGGUGGAAUGCCCAGAAAUUUCUCAUCUCCAAAACUUUCGCGGCGUUUCACUAAACGACUUCCAGGACAACAGUUGAAACUGACAAAGUCCUUUGAAGAUCUGCAGUUGAUAAUACCUGAAAUGGACAACCCAACUCUCCCAAAUGAAACCAAGCCUGUUAUCUUCCACAGCAAUGUAUGCGACUUUGGGGCAAUUAGCGAGGAUGGCUUGUCUUUUGUGAAGGAGACAGACUCAGGAAGGUUAACACCAGUGACACUGCUGAUUGGGUUGAUCUGCACCAGCCUGACCAAUGGGAAGAGAGGAUACAUCCCUGUCAACUAUGUGAAGGUGGAUGAUAACUCCCCUCAGGCCCAGGACUGGUGGUUUGACUGUAGCCGGCAUGAUGGGGAGGCGUGGCUGAAAAGGGAGGGCGUGAUGACAGGCAGCUUCCUCGUUAGGGCUUCGGCAGACAAAAAUUCCUAUGCAUUGUCUGUGCGGUGUCUAUGAAGCAGACGGCAGAAC